AUGAUGACGGAGGUUAAUCACAUCCCUCGAGCGUGCUUAAACUAUGCUUAUCUCAUUUUUGGAAAGUCAGCAUUUCGAGAAACGUUGUGCAUAAGGGGAAAAGGUACGUCCUACUCUGAAUUUUUUUGUUAAUACGGUUCAAAUUUAAUUACUAACCUUAAAACGACAAAGGCAAACCUUUCUUUGAAAGAUGUUUCUCUGGCUAGCACUGUGUCAAUGUCUCACAUGGUAUCGAAUGUCAGAAAGCUCAGCAGUUAGCGUCAGUUUUUCAAGUAAGAUCGCCUUUUUCUGAACAAGGGGAACUCAGUAAAGCAUAUGAUAUUAUAGUAUUUCAAAGCUACGUCAUUAAAACAUAUUUUAAAUUAGACAGUUCAGAAAGGCAAAACCAUAACGUGGUUCUUCUACGGUGUAAGGCUUUAGAAUUCAACGAACGCGCUUGGCGACGGAGCUCCAGGUUCCACCCGGAAAAAAUGAGAUGGCUAUAGAUAACCGACGAGCUGCCUGAGAUGAGCUCAUGAUAAACGGAUAACUACAGAAGUGAGAGCCUAUCAAAAUACAAGUUAUUCUAAAUAUCUAAAUGAAGUCACAUCUUGUUGCGUUAUCUUCUUACUAAGGAAGUAUUUGAUGAUUGGAAUUUGAAGAAAAUAUUCUUCUCUACAAUAUCGAGAGGUGUGUUUAUGUUUUUCAUAGGCAGUUUUUCGGUCCAGCGGGUCUUAAAAUAGCUUUAAUUGCUAAAGAUUUCCGUUGAUUAUGGAAUAUUGUCCGAUAGCGCGCGCUAAAAGCCAAGAUUUGAUCUCUGUUAAAUGGCCGGUCCUUUUUAUAUGUAUAUGUACUAGACCUGAUUUGCAAUUCUGAUACCCCACAAAUACCGAACGAAAGACGCAGUGGCUAGCUGGAAACAACUUACUGCAAAUAUUUAAAGGGUGAUUUCUUCUCUUGUCGUCUUCUAAGCAAAUUAAAUACAGUUUCAGAAUCAUGAACGAGGAAAUUGCUUUGUCUUUGACCUUUUGCACCAGGGCGCGCGUGAACUCAGACUGGAAUAAGGUUCGCAAAUUAACUAUUGGACUGAUGAGGAAACACAGCCACAGCCUACAGGAGUGUUUCUUAAUGCCUUUUACGGGUAACGGUUAAAAUUCUGGCCAUUUUACGGCUAACGGUCAAUUUCUCUUCGUUAAGGUUAACAGAAAUUUUAAAAAGUAAUUUUGAUUGUAUUUAAAAAGUUAUAGACUAAUUCUACUGCUCUAAAAGACAUUUACGACUGAUCAGUUUCGGGAUUGAAAAAAGACACAAACAAAGUAAUACGGUACUAGAAGAAUUAUGAUGUACACCUAUGGCAUACUUCUUCAGUAAUCUUUAGCGACUUGAGCCAAAUGUCCUUGUUUUCGUUAAUUACUGGGAUGAGUGUGUAAGUCGUAACCGACAAGAUUCCAAAAGAUUUUGACACUUUCAAAAUAACACAAAGUAGAUUAAAAAUAUUAUAAUUUUACGGUAAACUUUUUUUUACGACUAACGGUUAAACUUAAUUCAUAUUUGGCCGUUUCACAGAUAAAACCAUUUAGACUCUUGCAUAAUUAUUGCUGCCGUGAUUGUUGUUGUUGUUUUUUUAACUUCGGGAAAGUAAUACGUUUUCCGUUGAGGGAAUGGUGUCGAUAAAACACCUCUGUACAGUACUUAACGAUUCAAAUUUUAAGUACCGAUCUUUACAUUCUUAUCAAAUUUGAAAUUAUUAUUAUCAUCGUCAUUAAAUUUAUCGUUAAGUGAUGCAAUGAAAUUUUUAAAGAAAUGUCUUAAAAUUGUCCUAGUUUAUGUCGUAAAAUAGGUUGUGGUUAGUAGCUCGUGGUAUACGUAGAUAUCGGAUGUUGUCGCGAUCCACAUCAGAAGUGAUCGCAUUGAGAGACAAAAGAUUAUAUUUCUCUUUUGAAAUUGUCCUGGUUGUUAAAAUGCAUUAGUUGCAACUUGUUUUCACGAGUCAGUGGCCUUUUCACCUCGUGAAAAUGCACGUGAGUCAUUAGAAAUUAGCAUUUUGAGUCGCCUUUGACAUACGAUGUAAUUUGAAAAGUUAUAUAACCGUGACUUGCAAUUAGUUACAAUCGUGGGCGAAAAAAAUUAUUCCGUCAAUGUUUUUUAUCUCAGUUCCACUAUAACCGGAAAAGUCUUAAGAAGUUUUUACAUACUUAACCUGUGUUGAUUUGGUACAUGACUGUAAGUAAUCUCACCUAAAGGAUGAUAAAUUGCCUUCACGCUCUGUGUUUUCAUUCAUGGAGUUCUUUGAACAGUUUAUCGUGACUAAUCGCAACCUAAAACGAUUUUACUCCAUUUGAAUCAGAGAAAAAGUUAUUAAAAAUAUUGCAUCUGUUUUUCCUUUGAGUGAAACAUACCAGUUAAGCAGUUUUACUGCUGAGAUUGUCAAGCUAAGAGUUUGCCUCCACCCCUACCCCCGUAAGUUUCUGAAUCCCGCCGUGACGUCAACGUUUAUAGUAAUCGGUUGUUCAUUUCGACGAGUCAAUGUUUGACAGUCAGAAGCGAUGAGUGAACUAUACUCAAAAACAACCACGGACCCUCAUCAAAGGGUUGAUUUUUUGACAGGAUAGUACAGAAAUCAUUAAGUAUUACUUAGGAACUAGGCAUGCCAAUUUUAAGCGUACUCGGUAAGUGCGAAUGAUCAAUUAGUAGUAGGCAGAUGUCGAAUGUUUUAGAAUUCCGUUCGUCUCCUAGGGUUGCUGGUUCAUUAAUUAGAAAACAAAAUUAUGUUUUAACUUAUAUUUUAAUUUCUUUCUCACGCAUGUUUAAAUCAAUGGACGGAAUGAGCAGUUAAGAGGGGCAAAUUAAGAUCCCUUUCUGGUAAGAAAAUUGAUGUAUCCUGGAUUAGAUUCGACAGAUUCUCGAUCUUGUCCUUACUACUCCAGAGCGUCUUCGACCCGGAAAGGUUGAGGAAUUUUACUUUCGAGACCUUCUGUUUCAGCAUGAAACGUUUAAGGAAGUGAAUUCAUUUCCUUUUGAAGUUGAUAUGUUACUUUUCUCAUUUAUAUUUCUCAUUCUUUAUGAAGCAAGAACAAAUUUUAAUUAGGAGACAAGUGACAGUAUUUAGUUCAUUAACUAGUUUGAUUUUGAAGAUAGCUGAAUUAGUUGCAUCGCUGAUUAUUCACUUUCGUUCAUGCCCUGAAAACAAUUCAAAAUGAAGAUUUUCAGUUCUUAAGAGUUAAAAUCUCUUUUGUUUCUCAACUUCGUUUCUCAGAGAUUUUAUUGUUAUUUGUUUACUUGUACUCAAGAAUUUGAAUUGCAAAAUCUUUUAUAUUUGAGUUGGUCUUGCUAUUAAAUCCAUUUUGAUAAAUUAUAUAAUUUUUUGAUGUCCAUUAGAUGAUAUUCUUGUAUCUUUAGUCUUUUCCCCAAAUAUCUAUGCCAAACCUCCAUUUGUUUCAAUUGUAUGCCUAAUGUUCUGUUUUCUUGUUGUUGUAAUUAUUUUUUUAGAUAAAACAAGCACAUUUGUACGUGUUUUGCUUCAAAAUGUUACUCUGGAGACAGAAGUUUGUAAGGGAAUUUCUCCAACGUGGGAUCAAGAGUUUGUCUUGUAAGUCUCCUUUUCAUGCAAAUUUUAUUUAUCCAAGUCUCCUGAUUUUGCCCAGGUCUGUUGGUUAGGGAACAAGUCCUUGACUCUUGGUAUAUGUAGUCUGAUAUUUCUCCUGGCAAAUGUGGAUAUCUUUUUCUAUGAAUGGGGGAAAUAAGGUUGUCUCCACUGGAAAAAAAAAAGAAAAAAACAUCAGGCUAUGCUUUUAGGAAGGUUGUAUUUUUGUGUUCAUUGGUAUAGCAACUUUCUAUUAGCAAAGGGAGACUGAGGCAAAGAAGCCAAUCUCAAAUUGCGGGGAGUGGGCAGGGUUUGUUAUCUUAAAUCAAGCUUCUCUGUAAUUAUGUAUUGAUCAUUGAGAUGGCUCGUUGAAGUGAGUUAUCCUGACCUAUGUGAUUUUCUCUGGUGAUAACCAGCUCGUACUGUUUUAUACACAGUGAGACAAACCAGUUGGACCAGUUGCUGUGUUUCCAACUAUGGGAGAAGGGAUUCUUCAAAGACAGCUUGCUGGGAAGUGCAUGGAUCCCCUUAAUGCAGAUCCAUCAUUCAAAUGUGGAAGGAAGUGGCGCAUGGAUUCAGAUGAGCAAUGAAUCAGCUAAAGGACUGGUGUCGUCAGGCCACUUGCUGCUUGUGGACACUCGGUUUGAACUACCAUCAGGUAAACAGAAUUAUUUUAUGAAAGGUUGGAGCAUUUUGGUAGGGAUAACUAGUCUGGUUCAAAACUCUAACUUAAUCCUUUAACUCCCAUGAUCUGAUUGUUAAUUCUUCUCUCUAGAUGCUACACACUUCCUUGUAAUCUAGUUUUUGAUCAAGUUUUUUAGGGAAAUUAUAAGGAGAAGUUACAUGUUAAUUACUUCUGGGAAUGUAAGGGUUAACUGGAACACAGAGUAGACUUGGAAAAUUCAAUGUUUUGUGAAAUCAGUUUUUGAGGUAGAGUAAGCUUUCAAAAAGAAAAAAGGAGAUCUGGGUAAGUGCUUGGGCCAGAAUUUCAAGUUGAUCUGAUCUGACUUUUAUUUCUGCCUCAUUUAUCUAAAGUAAUGUGUAUGAUUCCUAGAUUAUAAAUGAUCUCAUUGCAAAUUAAUAUACUAGAAAGACAGACGCUUCUUAAAACUGAAACUCAAUCACAGUUGUAGAGUACUACUGUAGUUUAAUCCCCUUUGGGAUUCUUUACCUUUCUCACUGCAGUAGGAAUUUCACCAACUUCAAAAGGAAACUUGUGGAUUUAGCCAUAGCCUUUUCAAUUGAGUUUUUAACUGAAUUAAUCCCUAACAGCAACAAAAUUCUCUUCUUACUUGCAAAGGACUUUCAGAGGAAGAAGCAUUAGCUCUUCAAAAUAAACUGGAUGCCUUUUAUACCAUCAUGAAUCAAGAAAUGGAAGUCCUCAAGGAACAAGCGAGGAAUGUGCAACGAGAAAAGGACAUAAAGAAUUGUAAGAUUGAUCAUUGUUUUGUUAUAAAGGAACACGGUUCUUGUAAACAGAACAAGGAGCAGGGAUUGGGCAAGGUUAAUGAUGCCCAUCUUUCUCUACUUCACAGAGGACUCAGUUUUAUUUCUGAACCAGGGGCCUAUAUCUCAAAAGUCCCAGCAACUUAAUGGACCCAAAUCCAUAUUUAAAAAUAAAAAUUCAAAAAAUAGAGAAGCUGGCUCUAACACCCAAACAAUUCACUUUAUUUCUUUAGCUGAUAGCUUUAUUGUAAAAUUUUAAAAACUUUUGAAACUUCCAUUUUGAAUUAACACAGAACAGAUUUAUAGGCCUGUUAAGUUAGUGGGACCUUUGAGAAGUGGGUCCUAGGGCCACUUUCACACAAAUCCCACUAACUUAUCAGGCCAGGGAUAAAAUUUAAACUCUAAUUGUAAGAGAUUAUACUAUAGUGCAGGUCUUAGCUCAAACACCAGUUCAGUAUGUUUCUUCUCUCUGAUAAUUUUGUUAUUUGAAUUUCAAACUGUCAAUAUCUUUAUUUUCACUGAAAAAGGUAAACAAAAUUUGUUUUGGAAGUCUGUAAAGUUUCAGGGCUCAUAAAUGAAAUGAGCCCUCGGAGUCACAUUUGGGUUUUUCUCUGGUGAAGGGGAGGAAUGGGUAGGAUAGUUGGGAAAGGUUAUGCGUGACAACAGUAAUGUGUGAAAAUAAUGCGUUAGUUAGGAUGGUGUCCCAUUUAUCCCUAUACAGAGACUCACACUUGGUUGAUCUCCACUAAAUUUAAUAUGUUUUCUAUUUUUAAUAUACAAUUAUAUUUAUGCAUACUACUGUAAUUUCCGGCCAAUUACCCAUGGGUAAUCUAUUAAUUUUUCCACAAACAGUUGGUGCAGGUUAUAGGAAGGUGUGGGUAAUACAAUAAUUUUUAAAGCUUCCAGUGAGUAUAGUUUUAUUAUGGAAACAUUUUCAUUUUUGCUACUAGUGAAGGAGGAUUUAGACAGUGCUUACACAAGUGACGCAGCAGUCUAUAACCCUCACUUGGACUCAGACCCAGAAAUGAAUGACCAUUAUUCUGAUGAUGUCAUGGAUGGGCAAAUCAGUGACAGUGAAGCAGACCGAGACAGACUGAUGAUGAGUUAUACGGAACACUUUGAUACCAGUACCAAAAGCACCUCUGAUGACAUCCGUGAGGAACUGGAGGAAGAAAUUGAAGAAAGCAGCCUGCUUGAAACUUGUGGUUUACCUGAGAGUCAGCAAGGAGAAAAGGAUGAAACUAAAGAGCUUUGCUAUGAACACUUAGAUCAAUCAAGCUGUGACGUAAGUGUCAGUCUUUAAAGUUUAAUCCUCUUCCAAGAAAUACUCGAAUUUGUUCUCUCAUUAAUAUUCAAGGGGAUCUCUCUUUUUUAUCCAUCUGUUACUAGCCCUGUGUUUCUGUUACUUUGUUUGUCUGUCCUUUUGACUGUUACUUGUGCCAGACCACUGUAUUGAUGACUGUGUUCUCUUGCAAUUAUAAAGUCCUGGGCCGCAUUGUUCAAGCUGGGUUAAUUGAGAUAAUCCAGAGUUAGUGUGAAAUCUGGUUUAUAGAACCAAAAGCUUAAAAUGAGAAUUUGUUAUAAUUCUUCUUGUUUACAAUUUGAUGAUGGGACCUCUAUUGAGUGGUCACUCAUGGGGAAUGGCAAAGUGACCUGGCAACCACUUAAUCCUUUCACUCUCAUGAGUGACGGAGCCAGAAUUUCUCCUUACAUCAUCAAUACAAUAUCAAGCAGACAAGUGAUGAGAAUAAAGGAAAAUAUCAACUAGGGAAUUACAAGUUGAUUCAAUACCAAAUUCUCCAAAGCAACAUCAUAAGAAUGAUAUGGCAAAUAGUAAUGAGAAUUACUAAUGAGAUCAUGAAUGGGAGUCAAAUGGUUAAUAAAUGAUUUAGCAUCAAGUAUUUAUCUUGUAGAUUGAGGAGGAAGUUGAAUUCCGUGAUCAUGAUGUGGUUGUUACUGAACGAGCACAAAUUAAUGCUGAGACUGUGGAAAAUAUCCCAGAAGAAGAUGAGGAGGGUGAGAAUGAAGCUCGCAAAAGACACGCAACUCUGAAACGCAAAGGAGGCUUCAAAAAAUCACCAGGAACCACAAGGAGAUGCUCAUGGUGAGCAUUUUAUUAAAAGUUUAGACUAAAUUUAAAGUAAUUCAAAGGUAAAAGAGGUAAGAAGUUAAGGAGUUGGGUUUUGCUUUAGAUCCAACUUCAUCAAUCAAAGAUAAUAUAGGGUUACUUACUGUUUACAACUCUUUUACAUCCUGUUUUAUCCCUUCCACUCCCACAAUUUAAUUAUCAAUUCUCAGCACUUUUUUCUAUACUUCCUUGAGAAUUUUACAUUUAAAUGAGUGACAUUCCUACAUGGUAUUAUCUUUCUCCUCAGCAUCUUUCUGCUUAGAAAUUUAGUGAAUUUGUAAAGUAAAAUUCAUUUUUGCUCACCCCUGGUGUUUUAAAGGUUAAUUUAACCCUAUUCAUAUUUGAUAAACUUUUGGCUGUGUAUUGCUUUUGGUCAAAUUGACUUAAUCACGUACUAAGUAGAUUGUUUGUAUACACCGUUUUAAGUGUCGCAUAGUUUAGAAAUGAUAUCAUGACUUCCUUGAAGACACAAAGGAAGUCAUCUUUAUUGAGGAAAUGUGUUUAAUUGUGCAUAUCAAACAUGACUGGAUACUGAGUGAUACAUGAAUUUUGAUCUGGUUUUCAAAAACAUUUAAUGUGAACCAUGUAGCAUUGUUAAAUGUUUAGUAAAUACAUUUUGGAUAGAGAAAAAGGGGUCCAGAUUGUAACUGAUUUCUUACAUAGGUUACCUAUACAUCCAACAGGAAGUCUUUUGCUUGAAAUACUCAAACCUUCCAAGAAAAAUCAUUCAAAGUUAGGAUGAAUAUGGAACUUGUGGGCUAUAUUUGCAAGGCAAACUGCAAAGUAAACAAAUUUAAUGGCAAAGGACAUACACAUAAAUUCUGUCCAUUUAUUUUUUUCUUAAUCACUACAUUGAUUUUGUUGUUUUGCUUUGUUUUGUUUGAUCUAUUUUGAUCUGUGUCAGUGCCUAUGUGGUGAUCAUAGUACCCAUAAAAUCUUUGUUUUCUUCACAGGGAUAAAAAAACUCAAGCAAUUCUUAACUCUGCGAAUUCAGGUUCCAUCUUAAGAAAACGGAGACCUUCUAUUCCCUUUGUGAGUUUAAAGUUUUAAUUUUUUUCAUUGUGUUAUAAUAAGAGUGCCUUAAUCCAUAUCUUAGUUAGUUAGCAACAGUCAAACUGUGUAGUCUUUGAUUUUUAGUCCUGGCAACUAGAUUGCCUUAAAUUUUGCCCACCUUAUGUUAAUUCAAAUUCAGAGCGUGAAAUUGCGCCUAAUACAGGCGCCAAUGCGACUAAAUUUUUCACUUUGGCGACCAAAUCCUGAAAGUUAGUCGUCAAAUUGGCGACUAGAACGUUUCAUCAUAACCUUACCAAGAGAUAUAGUGAAUUAAAAAAAUUUGCAAAGAUAAAUCCGCGGCAAACUUCCUCGUUAAGUUUGUUUCCAAAACGUAGCACAUGCAUCUCGAUCGAUAACCAGACGCCAUCUUGGAUUUAGAUGAGCCUGAACGUUGUAUAUCAUCCAUCCUAGUGUCCACUUUGUAGCACGUUAAAGAUCUUUUCCCUAACUUAAUUUGGGAGGGUCUAUCUAGAACGCUGACAGCGUAAAGAAAGAUUUUGUUUGUCUUUGAAAAUGGCGGCCAACUUUUUUUGAAUUGGCUACCACUUUGAAGAAUUUAGGAGCCAAGUGGCUAUCAGAAAAAAAAGUUAAUUUCACGCCCUGUCAAUGCUGGUCUGCUUUUUUAAAUUUCACAUUUAUGUUUCAAACAUUGACUAGCUGCAUGGUGAAAGACUUUUUUUUCUAAUUUCUUGAGAGGACAUCAUGGUAGACUUCCUAAGGAGUAGAGCUUUGAAAUGCAUUGUUUGAAUUUUCUCCAUUAAUGGCCUUUAUUUGUCCCCAAAAAUGUGAUUAUGAUUUGUAUAUCCAUUACAAUUGCUCAUAUGUUUAAAUUUCAUGGUUCUUUGACUCAAAGACAGGAGUCAUUAUUAAAGGAUGCUAUAGUAUUUCAAGUUCACUGGUGAUUUCAAAUCAUAGAUAUGACUUUAUAUUAUCAAACUUCUGAAAGAGUAUGUUAGAGUUUGUGAGUGAAAAAAUCUGAGCUGUUUGAAAUUCAAACUGCAGAUUUAUGUGAAUAUUUUUGUCAAGUAUGCAGAUAUGAUCACCAUUAGUCUUGAGAUUUGCAUAGUAUAAAUACAUACAUAACAGUACUGUUGUUCUACUGGUGUUCAAAUGUUGUCAUCAUAAAACAUCAAGGUGAUAUGGUAAUGUUACCUUUCUCAUGAUUAUGGUACUGUAAUUAUAACAAGGUAUUGUAAAUAUAACAGAGUUUUGUUUAUUUGCUUUCUUGACAGCAACCAAAAACAAGCCCAAAAACGAUCAGAAAACCCCACAUAAUAAUGUCCCAGAGAGCUCAUUUGAAUGAUGAAGAGCUGGUAUGUUGAGGAGUGGAUUUUGAAAUUAUUAUUAAUUUGUGACCAGUGAUAGGGUGGAUAAUUUGGUUUUUAGUGAUUUAUGCAAACAGGCAGAACUAUUCUAGUGAUUAUAUUGAACAUUUUUAAUAUUUUGAAAAUUCUUUUCUAGAAACUUCAUGUUUACAAGAAGACUCUUCAAGCACUUCUCUAUCCCAUUUCAGGUAUUUUGGGUUAACACUUUACACCCUGAAUCAGUGUGCAUAUUCUCCAUACUGUUCUUUAUACAUUUGCCAAGGUGCUGACAAGGAGAAUUUGUUGAGUGAUCAAAGGCUUUUGUUGGUGAUCAUUUCCUUUAUUCUCAUGACCUUAAUGUGUGAUUUGGGCUGAUAUUGUAGGGAGAAAUAAGAUGCUAGUCACUCUCAGGUUUUAAAGGGUUAUUAAAUGUUAUGAUAAGAUUUGGUGUUUUUCUUGUAUUUGUUUGUCUCAAUGUGGUGUUGAUAUAAUUUGCAUUGUCUUGUAGACACCAAACCUCACAAAUUUGAGAUCUGGUCGACUCAAGUACCAGCGUAUUGCUAUGAGUGCGAAGGACUGCUCUGGGGUUUAGCCAGACAAGGGCUUAAGUGCAAAGGUGAUAUUUCACAUUGCUAGCAAUGGCAGUACCGACUGAUAGUGGCAAUACUGUCCUAUAGACCGAUAAUCAAUACUGACCUAUGGACAGAUAAUCAAUACUGAUCUAUGGGAAGAUAAUCAUGUAGCUGAGUUGUGAAGCCAUGACAAUGCUUUAAAUAUCUCUCAAAAAGCUACUGCAAUCAGUGAUCAGUUAGACACAGACAAAUUGAGAUAUUUGUAAAUCAGGCAGACGGUUUGUCAGUGAGACAUUAUUAUAUUCUAGGGAAAGGCUAACAAAUUUCUUUAUUUUAGAAUGUGGAGUAAAAUGCCAUGAGAAAUGCAAGGACUUAUUGAAUGCUGAUUGCUUACAACGUAAGUGUUGCUAGAUCUUUAAUUUUUACAAAACAUCAUGAUUUUAUUUUGUAACUAUAUAGAAUCAAUAUGCCCAAACUGUGGUGAAUGACAUCUGGCUUAGAGACACACAAUUACUUGAUCACAGGUCUGCUUCUCCCAAACAACAUGUGAAUACUUGUUCUUUCAGGUGCUGCUGAAAAAUCAGCUAAACAUGGUACAGAUGACAAGACACAAUCUAUUAUUGUUGCCAUGAAGGCAAGAAUGGAAUGUAGAGAGACAGAAAGACCUGAAAUCUUUGAGCAAAUCAGGUGCAUAGAUGUUAAGUGUUUUUUAGGAUUAACUCAAUUAUAUUUUGUAGCAAACAAAGAAAGCAAGGGCUCAAGAGAUGUUGACACUCAGUUCAUCAAAUUGAAUGAUUAUUUUUCCUGAUUGUUUUACAUGGAAAUUUCAUUUUAACUUUAGUGAAGUGUUUCGCAUGGAACCCAAAACACAUGCUGGUCACAUGAAAGCUGUCAAGAAUUUGAUCCUAGAUGGAACAUCAAAGUGGUUGGCUAAAAUAUAUAUCACUGGUAAAUAUAAUAAAACAACUUUUUCAAUUGGGACCUUUCUGGCUAACUUGAAAUAAAUUCCCCUUUUGAUUUUAUAUUAAGACUCACAGUACUUCUGAUCGAUUUGCAUGUAAGUUUGGAGGAGUGCAUAUAUCUGUUUGAAGUAAAUGCUGUAGCAGGGAGAAAAGUUACAUUAUAGCUGGAGAAUUCUCCAAACCCCACUAGUGUUUUUCUCUGCUUAUUGAUCUGUGGUUGUUACCAGUGGUAAUGAUUGAAAGCUAUUUACACUCAUCAGUCACUUCUGAAACAAGUCAACCCACUGUGGUGUUUUUUCUUUUUUACCAGUUGUCAGUGCACAAGGACUCAUUGCCAAGGACAAAACGGGUCAGUCGGAUAAUGUGUGCUUGGUCAGAUUUAAAUUAUGUUUUUGUUCUGCUGUUAUUUUAUGGAAAACACAGUCAUUUCCUUGAUUUACUGAGAACCACUUUGACACCUUUUAAAUUCUUUAGAAUUACAUCAUUCACCUUUCAACAGCAGCAGCAGCAUUUUUUCCUUGUGGCUCAUGUCAGAUCUAGAAAUUAUUGCACUCCAUAGUUGCUAAAAAUGGAGUAAUUUUCAUUUGUCAAGACUUGUAAAUGAAAUAAAGUAAUAUUUUAUUGAUAUUCUUGAUUUUUUUGUGGGCCCAAGGUACCAGUGACCCUUAUGUCUCAGUUCAGAUUGGAAGAACUAAGAGGAGGACAAAGACCAUUCCCCAUGAACUGAAUCCAGAAUGGAAUGAGACAUAUCAAUUGUGAGUUAACUGACUAAUCAUUUAACCCUUUCACUCCCAAGAUCUAAUUAGUAAUUCUCCUUACUAUCUGCCAUACAAUUCUUAUGAUGUUAGUUCAGAGAAUUUGGUAUUGGAUCAACUAAUUAUCCCAUGAUUGAUAUUCUUCUCUAUUCUCAUCACCUACCUGCUUGAUAUUGUAUUGAUAUUGUAAGGAGAAAUUCUGUCUUGGUCACUUGUGCGAGUGAAAGGGUUAAAAGUUAAUUCCUACAUUUCCUGCAGUGUGCUCAACAAUGCCAAAUGAUUUUAUACUCUUGCAAGUAAUUUGUUUUCCUUAUUUAGUGUACUAAAUGGCUGCAAAAUUAUUGCCUUCAUUUGCUUGAACAUUGAACUCUUAUCAAUAAGAUUAUAAUUAUAAAAUACUCUGAAAUAGGGUUAGGGUUGUUUGUGGUUGUUUUUAUUAAAAUUUAAAUUGAUUAUGAGGUUGGACUAUUUUUACCUUUUUCUCUUUUUUUCCUUUUACAGUGAGUGUCAUAACUCUUCUGACAGAAUUAAAGUGCGUGUUUGGUAUGUAAAGAAUGAUGACAAAUAAAUGGAUGAAAUAUAAUGAUUAACAAAAUGAUUUCAGACUUGAAGUCUAAGUGCAUGUUCUGUAUUGUGCCUUCAGUUGAGAACAAUUGACUACCAACCUGUAGCGCCAGGUAAUUGGAUAUUCUACCACAUUCAACUGUUUAGAAGUAUUUUAGUGCCUAAAAAAUACCUAGCUGUGGCUUUGAAAAAAAAACUGCAAAUGUGAAAAUACAAGCUGUAGCAUAUUGUUAGUUUACAAAAACAAGACUCUGUCCUAUUUCUGGUUCCUUCUGAUGGCAGGGACGAGGAUGAUGAUAUCAAGGCGCGUGUGAGAUCAAAGCUGAUCAGAGAACCUGAUGACUUCCUUGGGCAGACGAUUAUUGAAGUUCGAACACUGAGUGGAGAGAUGGAUGUUUGGUAUAAUCUGGGUAAGAAGAAGACUCUUUCUUUCUCUCUCUCUCUCUCCCUCUGAAUAUUUUUGCUGUUGAUUAAAGGUAGCCUUUCUUAUUUGUCUCAUGUAGAAAAGAGAACAGAUAGAUCUGCUGUGUCUGGUGCAAUACGUCUUAGAAUCAGUAUUGAGAUUGAGGGAGAGGAAAAAGUUGUGCCAUAUCAUCAGCAGUACACAUGUCUUCAUGAGGUAAAUAUUUACAAAACACUCUAUUUUGUGGUUUCUUUAAAAACCAAAACAAAAAAAAAAAAAAAAAAAGAUGGCACAGAAGAAGUAAUUUUUAUGAAGCUUCUGCUUCCCUCCUAGAUAUCUUUGAGCUGGUAAUUUACAUGUAUUUCUGUCAUUUCUUUUCUCCUGUAGAACAUAUUUCAUUUCUUGUGUGAGAAGAAUAAUGGGCAGGUUCCACUUCCAGUGUCGAGCUCAGUAAGUUCUUAUUUAUGAAUGCUGUUUGAUCUACAAGUAUGAAGGGAUUAUUUUGUAGAGAAGUGUUGGAUUAAGAACUGGGUCUUCUUGACAUCAUUCUUGCUAAUUUUUUCCAGAGAGAAGAUCCAUGGAAAGAGUUUUUCCUACCACCAGCUCUAGAAAUAGUGAACGAGUUUGCAAUGCGAUACGGCAUUGAAAGUAUUUACCAGGCAAUGACGUAAGUUUAUUAGUCUAUCAGUUAGUCACCCCAUUGGCUAGUCAGUUAGUCAGUCAGUCAGUCAGACAGUCAGGCAGACAGUCAGUCAGUUAGCUAGCCACGGAGAGACAGAUAGUUAGUCUUCCAACCAGCUAUUGAAAUGAUGAGCGAGUUUCCAAAGCGAUACGGCAAUGAAAACAUUUACCACGCAAUGACGUAAGUUUUUUAAUCAAUCAGUCAGUCAGUCCAUUGGCUAGUCAGUCAGUCAGUCGUCAGUUAAUUAGAGACACAGGAGGAUAACAGUCCCUGAGUUAGUCUAUAUACCAGGGCCCAGUUGUAUAGAGGGCAGAUAACGCCAUCCAACGGAUAAAUCGCUAUCCGACGGAUAAGUGAGAGAGAAACGUAUGGUGUGAUCCACCGGAUAGAGUUUUAUCUGGUGGAUAGCGUUAUCCAACCUUCGAACAACCGGGGCCAGUAUGACAGGUAGUCAUACAGGUCCAACAGGUUGUUAGUCAGACAGUCAGCUAGUCACCAGCUUGUCUUAUUCACGUGAUUGUUGCUAAUGGUUUAAUUCUUUCUCAUCAGUCACCUGUCCUGCCUAACGACAAGCUAUAUGUGUCCAGGUGUCCCAGCAGUCAUCAGCAGUCUGCUAGCCAACAUCAAUGCCUUCUUUUCUCACACUACAGCUAAUUCUGCCACAUCCGCUUCACACAGAUUCACUUCCACUAACUUUGGGGUAAAGAAAGAUAAUCGAUAACUUAGAGAUAAGGCCUUGACUAAACAGAGCGUGGCAAAAAUCAUGUUUGCGAGAUUACGUACUUUUGGACAGAGAAAAAUUUAUUGACUCUUUUCUGGCCAUCAGAGUUGGUCUUUAUGAUUGUUAUCAAAUCAUGAUAAACUCGAGUUUUACAUUCUACAUCUGAAUAUAGUGGGGGUUUCUUCAUAUUUGUUGUAAUUUCAACAUAUGUAAUUCGUCGAUUUUUGAAUUAAUUUUCAGAGUGAAAAGUUUGUGAAGAUUGUGGAUCACCUCUACAAUACGUUAAGAAUUGACAUUGCAAACUAUCGGGUAAGAUUAAAAAAAAUUAAUAAUUAAAAAUAAAAAUAUAAAAAAUUACAGUGAACAACACUAUUGAUAAAGGAAUUGCCACACCCCUAAGGUGUGGCUUCGUAGCUCAGUUGGUUGUACUGCCCAACUAGUAUCUGGGAGGCCUGGGUUCGAAUCCCGUCGAAGCCGGAUCUUGUUCAAGCUUCUUUUCUGCAGUUGCUAAGUUUUAUUCCACCUGAGUGGAUCAUUUCUUUUCUUGAUUUUUAUCUGCAGGUCAAAUUAAACAUAUUUUGUUUAAAUUUGUUAUUGUGAAUAUUACACAAGUUUCGCUUGAAACUCCCGUGAUUAAUUUACAGACAAACUUUCCAUCGUCAAGUACGGAGAAGUUAGUCGAUUUAAAGUCAUCAGUGGAUCUAUUGACAAGUGUCACCUUUUUCAGAAUGAAGGUUAGCUCAUACAAUAACAAUGGUUUUAAUCUUGAUUAUGAAGAAGAUUAACAGCGAAAAAAUAUAAAGUAAUUAUCAGAUCCUAAAUCGAAUGAUUAUUGUUAAAGCCUUGAGGGAGAUCACCAUAAAGAAAAAUUAUUUCUGGUUGUGACAUAAGUGAAAAUUAUUUAUUGAGCACCUAUUCCGGCCCCAAAGGGUAGCAAAGAGGGGGUGGGGGUGGGGGGAAACUGAUCCCGUCUGCGCACGAAUUUCAGAAAAAUUCACGCGUUACGUGUACUUUAAAUACUUUGAACGGUAAUUCAUGCAUCAUGAAUUUCAAAGGAAACUUGAAAUCUCAGCUUACUACGCCAUUGUAUAGGCGUCACUUAUUAAGUUUGGACUUAAUCACGCGUUACGUAUAAACCCUUUGGCACCCUCGUUAUACCCACGAUGAGAUUGCGUGGCUUUCGAUAAUGAAAUUUUUUUUUAAACAUAUUAACAGGUACUCAACCAGCGGCCUACUAGGACAGCAGAAAUUGUGCGCGAGUGUGUCAAGGUAAGCAGUAGUUGUCACAGGGACUGUGUCAGUAAUACAGAUGCUAUGCUAUUACCUACGAAUGGACUCCUACAACUCCUAACAUAUUUAACACUUUACAAUCAUCUUCGUUACAGAACUGUGUGAAGGGAAGUUAUGCUUAUCUUUAUGCAAACUGCGCUGAGUUGUACGAUAGAGAGCUCGCUUCAGAAAGCUCCUCGUUAGAACCAAGUAUGCAGGCUGGACCCAAGAGCUUGGACUUCUGGCCAAAGUUGAUUUCACUGGUGGUGUCUGUGAUUGAAGAGGACAAGUGUACUUACACUCAAGUCUUAAACCAGUACGUGAUUUUUGCAGACUACAGCCGGCACCUAUUUCCCAUUUUAGUCCUUUGCGUGAUUUAAAAGAAAUCAGGAAAAAAAAUUAAGUUGCAUUGUUGCGCCAACUUAAUUUAUUUGCUGAAUGAUUUCGUCACGCAAUGAACUAAACUGAGGAAAAGGGGUCACUCAUGGCUUAGUUUUUCUCCUUUUUUUUCUUAAAUAUCUUUUCCUAGAUGUUUGACUUCCCAAAUGAAGUAAUUAAACAUUUGACAACGAAACCUUACUGUAUGAUUCUUCGUUUUAAAAUCUAUUUUAGGUUUCCCACUGAGCUUAAUGUCGGCGAAGUCAGUGCACAGGUGUUUUGGGACAUGUUCUGCUCGGACCUACAGGAUAUGUUAAAAGGUAGUGAAGCUGAAUGUACAAGUUAUUUUCAUAAUACAUCGUUUUGGACGUUAAUGGUAUAGGCGUGCCAUUAACCCCAAGGUAGCGUUAUGAUUUUUCUUCGUUGUGGUCUUCUUUUCCAACGUACGUGAACUCCAUAGUUAACUGGUGCUACUUGGCAUUGCUUUACCCUAAGCCUUGGAGACUAAGGAAAACCUGUGGUCCUUGUUUGGUUGAGUACAGGUGGCUUUCAAGAUAGAAGCCUCUUUGAAAAAUAUCCGGUCAAAUUUAUAUUUAAAUGAGAUAAGUACUGAAUACUCAAUUUUGUUUUUCGCAAUAUUUCCAGAGCACAGCUUAAAGCAGCAGUCUCGAUGGGGCAGUGCUGAUUAUAUGAACCUUCACUUCAAGGUAAAACCGUUAUGAAAACACGACAAUAGGCAAAUCUUCAUUACUUAGUGAUUAUUAACCCAACUAAAUAGUAUGAAAAGACUUCAUUCAAAAAUGAAUAUUUGAAAAUUCUAUUACCUUCCAUUUCUUGACUCCGUAUCGUGAUGAUCUCGUAUGGACGCUUCAGGAUCUUUAUGAUUUCAAGAGAGUAUUAAUUGCGAAUUUAAAAUUUUGCACCAUCAUUAAUAUAAUGACAAAUUCUAAAAAUAUUACAAGGAGCCAAUGAGAAACCAGAGCAAAUGCAUGUAACAAUAAAACUUCCUCAAGCGCGGGAAAACGCGAAUGACAAAGUCGCGGUCAGCUUUGAGUCUGAUUGGUCAAAGAGGUGGCGUGAGUUUUCUGGACCAAUCAUUGAGCCUUGUGAACCAAAUCCAGUGGAGUCCCGGAUUACUAUCGACACUCGAUUGAAAAUUGUUCUUACAGGAAUUUUUUAUUCGUUUUAGGUUAAAUGGUUCUACCAUGAGUAUGUCAGCAUGUGUCCAGAAAACAAAGGCAUAGUUCCAGAGUUUCCCAGGUAAAGUGUGGCCAUCCAGAGUGCGCGCUUCUUCAUGACAACGUGACUAAUAAUGAAAUUUUGGCUUUUACAGCUGGUUUGAGCCUUUUGUGUCUCAGUGGCUGACAGAGAACGAUGAAGUGUCGAUGGAAUUUAUGAUUGGAGCUCUUGAUAGAGACAAAAGAGAUGGAGUAAGUAAAAGGCGAAUUUAAACCUAGAUAUCCAGACCAGACUUAGAGCAGACUUCUAUCAACGGAAGUCAACAGAAACUGGCGCUCUUGUUCACAGUAUAAACGUGGGCUACGAAAUGAACAGAACGACUACAUUUUACCAGCAAAUCGAAAUUGACCUAUCAGAAGUGACGUAUGCUACUUACGUCUUGCGUCCGAUGACGUCACAAAAAAUACUGACCAAUUAGAUUUCACGACCACGACUUAAAAUAUUCGACUGGCAAGCAACUCCUCACGUGACUCUGGUGAUGACAGGUAGACGACAGGUCAAUCACUCCCGACAACAGGCCUUUGAAGAUCAUCUCCCACCUGAAUGAUUAGACUACACGAUUGAGGACAAAAGUGAAAUUGAGAAUUAAAUGCAGUUUCCAUUCUUAUAUGGAUUCUUCUUACUUUCUAUUUUGUUAACUUGAACCAUUCUGAAAUUUGUGUUGGUAUAUUUGUUUCAUUCUUUAGUUUCCUCCGAGCUCUCCUCACACUUUGUUCUCCAAUUCAGUGGUAGAUAUUUUCUGCUCUUUGAAUCAAGUAAGUCGUUUUCCCUACAUCUUGCCUAUUACUUUAGAUGUUAAGUUUUUGGCUGCCAUUAACUACUUGUUUCAAGUUGUUUAAUGAAGAACACUUGAGCAUUUAGAUGUGUACAGAAGCUGCCGUAAUUUAGCAUUUCCUCUGUGAAAUGAUUGCUUUGCUAUUUAUUCGUAUGUUAUUAUAGAUACUGAUGAAAUACCAGGAUUUUUCCUUUGACUAAAAAAUCAUAUCUUCAUCGCGCGCAGUGAAGAUACUAUUUUUAUCUUUCACCAUAUUGGUGUCGCCAAUUACAAGAGAGCUUCCCGCUCAAGCGCGCGGCCGGUUCUUUUGAAAUUUCAUCAAUACAAAUACAAUAAACAAAACAUUACAUAGCCGCUUGAAGAUACGAAUUUUAUCUUAUCGAGCUGAAAGUAUCUCUCACGAGUUAGCGAAGCGAACGAGUGAGAGAUACUUUCAGCACUCGAAGAUAAAAUUCGUAUCCCGCGCGGCCAUGUAAUAUCCUUUUUUUUUUGCACACACUACAGAGCUUUGAGAUUGUCAGGAAACUUGACUGCCCAGAUCCAGAAAUCCAGACACGCUACGUCAUCAAGUUCACUAUGGUAAGCGAAACAUAAAGAUAUUUAAUCUCAAUCGGAAGACGUUAUGACGUUUUGAUUGUCAAACAAAUUCUCCUUGUCAGCACCUUGAGAAAUGUAUAGAGAACAGUUUGGAGAAUAUGUAUACUGGUAUUAUGGUGUGAGGGAUAAACUGGCCGUUUUAACACGCAGUCUAACAUAUCCUUUCUUUCUUAAUUUGCAGACUGUGCAGAAUGUGUUGCUUCAGUAUGCUGAGAGGAUAAAUAGAGAGUUCAGCGUGUGGUGUGACCAAGGAAAAACGGCCUGCAUUCUGAUGAACAACAUCCAACAACUACGAGUCCAGUUGGAGAAACUUUACGAAACUAUGGGUGGAGGGGGAAAGGUAACUAAGCGUGAUAUCUCUUAUGUUUUUUAGUGAGGCUGGGAAGAUGAGACGAGAAUUGCAUUCUAGCUCUUUUGAGUGGACUGCUAUCAGAAAGCCGAAAAUAUUCCUAAAAGCGCAGCAGAAAAGUGUAGUGACAUACCGGUAGUUCUUAAUGUCAUGAAAGGAUUCUCUUUGCCAUUCGUGCAUGGAAAGGCGGUCGGUUAAGAAAGCAGCGCGAGAUUUCUGGAUUGAUCGUAAAGUAAAAGUAAAGUAAAACCAACGGACUCCUGGAUUUCUUUCGACACUAGAUUGAGAAUUGCUCUCUCUGAUUUGGAAAAUAAAAUGUUCAUGCAAGAUUUGUAUACUGAUGUUUCUUUCCGUAACAUAGCUUUCCCCAGAAUGCAGUGAGGUCUUCAAAGAAUUGCAAGUUAAGCUCAAUCUCACUUUGGAUGAACUUUGUGUUCUAUUUGUUCGAAGGUAAACGUAAAUUUAAAACUAAACCCUUUAACUACCAAGAUCUGAUACACAUUUCUUUGUCAAUCAGUUAUAGGAAUUUGAUGUUAGAGCAAGAUAACAACUUAUACCUGAUAAGUUUGAGUAUUCUCAUUACCUGUUUGCUGCAUAAUGUAUGGAUGUUAGAGGGAGAAGUUAUAUGUUUUAAAUCACACCUGGGAGAUGAUUGUUGGAACCAAAUUCAAUGUUUUUUGUUUGUUUGCUUUUUAUUUAGGGUAGCCUUUAUUUAAUACAUUUAUUUCCGGUUUUUUUCCUGCAGCUUCGAUUCCACAAUACAGGAAAGCGUCAAGGGUGUGGGAAACCUGCUAUUCAAGUAAGGAGACACUCAAAAUUUAUCUUUCAUUGUCGUUUUUAGUCUUACAAUUCACUUUCCUUGGUGACUUUGAUGUAGUAUAUCAGUUUAGACUGUUUUGGAAGACGAAAGACAGAAGACUUUGUUGCUGGACUAAUUUUUGCCUAUUUCUUUGCAGUCAAUAUUCUUCUCGUAACAAUGUGUUAUAGAAGUUUGCAAGCCUUUUUGUUAACCUUACCAUUUUUUCUCACUAAUUAAUGCCUUCACAUGUACAUCUGUUGUAUACCAAUAAGGUUCAGUUUAUAAACCGUUUGACAGUUUUGAGCGUUCUACGAUUUCUUUUUCAGGAUCAAAAGUACGGGAAACUUUAACCCAGCUUUGCCAAGCUCUAAAAAUGUUGUCGUUAAUGAUUCCGAAUCAAUUCUUCAACCGCUGCUUGGAAUUCUUGAAGGAAGGUAAGAAAAGAGAGUAAAAAUUCUGGAAAUGCCUUUUGUACUGACAAAUAGAAAAAAUGAAAAGAAAAAAAGAGGUAACCAACUUGGAAUAGUCUCGGCUCAAUAGUCAGGCUGCGAUUUUUCGAGGGGUGGAUAACGCACCCCACUGGAUGAGUCACUAUCUGGUAGCUUGGUUUGGCACUACGUUUUGUCAACACUUAUCUGCUGGAUAGCGAUUUAUCCUUGGGAUAGCGUCAUCCGCCCCUGAAAAACUGGGCCAGAUGUCAACAACUGCGUACCAGUCAACAACUGUGUCACCAACAAGUCCUAUCCAGGACCAUUCACACCCGAUUCUUCAGACUACACGACCGAAUAAAAUUGGUGUUACUUAUGCUGACUUUGUUCCUCACAGCUUGGAAAUGUUUUACAAUUCAUGCGAGAAAACAGUACUGAAGAGGGUUCUAAAGGUAACCUGUUUCAUUGCGUUUGUCUAUCAAGAAUAACAUAGUUCUUCAGCAGUAAAUCGCACGGUUUUUUCGGAGUGCCUUCUCGAUCAUCAUGAUCAUAAUUGGAUUAAUUUAAUCUCUUACAGGAAUUGUGGAAGCUUGUUAUGGUAAACAUCGAGAAGAUUAUAGUCUUGCCUCCUCUUCCAGAUAUUACGGUAAAGUUACUGGUCGACUUAUCCGCGAUUUAAGCUGUUUUCAUACAUUUAGUAAUCUUCAAUUGAGUGUCGAUAGUAUUUCAGAAUUGUUUUGGUUUUAUUUUUCUUCGCUCCAUGAUUGGUCCUGAAAACUCGUGCCUCUUUUUCAACCAAUCAGAUUCAAAACUAAACCAAAUUGCGUCUUGGUUAACAGCGUUUUCCCGCGCUUUAGACAGUUAACUUGUAUUUACUUUGAGUUCUCACUGGCUCCUUAUGGUAUGUCCCUUGAUUCUGAUUGGUCGUUGUGACUACUAUGGUUUAUGUUUUAGGACACUCACUCAAACUUGGUGCUAUUUUCCCUUUUUGGGGUGAAAACAUCCAAAAAUUUCUCAGAAGACAGGUUGCAUAGGUUGCAAAACAACUUGAAAACCCUAUGUUUGGAGAAAGUUUUGGCACUUCACCCAAGACACGAGAACCUCGCCGGGUCAAGAAGUUGUGUUUGUGGGCUCUGACAGUGCCACUCAAGAGUAUAAAUCAAUACCGGAAAACUGACAUGAAGACAACAAGAAUUGUGGGGUGUAGGGGAGGGGGUGUCCUGGCUUGUAUUAGCAGCUUAUUCAGAAGUAGUACUUGUAAUGAUUAAGGUGUUUUUUUCCUGAUACGCAGGAGAUGAGUGGAAUCACCGGUCAGUCUGACUCCAGAAACAUGAGCCUUAAACAAUGUGCCGUGCUGGAAACCGCUCUUCUAAAAAUAAAGGUAAUGUAAUUAAGAAUUUAUCACAGCGAGUUGGUUUUUAUAGUCAGAUGCUUUUGUUAAUGUUGGUUGAUGAGAUAGAUUAUUGAAUUUUUCCUCUUUGUUCGUCUAUUUCUUUGCAAUAAAGGAUUAUUUCAAUGCUUCUGGGAAAGGACUGAAAAAGGCGUUUUUGGACAAGUGCGCUAACAUGCAUUCUCUGAAGUCAGCCUUGUCUUUGUACACCCAGACCACCGAUUCGCUUAUUAAGGAAUUUGUGAAGAGCCAGAACUCCCAAGGUAAAGAUAAUUUGGUGUUAUCAUUUGAGUGGAUAAUGUAAAUUUGCCACAGUGAAGAGUUUCUAGAACUAACGCUUCCAGCGUUUCCCUUUUUGGCCCCUUUGUUAGAGCAACGACCCAGACCGACGCAGCACGACAGUUUCUUUAGAAUCUUAUCCCCAUAACUUCCGAAUUUAGGUUUGUUGUGGGUUGAUAGAGGUGUGUUUUCGAUUCAGUGAGAUGGGAAAUGAAUAUAGUCAUGGAACCAGUUGGUGCGUCGGGAAGGAAUUAGUCUAAGAUGUUAUAUAAGGAAGGGAGGAGGGGUGGGUUGGAUAGGAAAGGAAAGGGGACUUAGGAAGAAAGAAAGGACGAUUCAACAAGUAAAGGAAACGAAUGAGAAUGCCAUCAGGGCAACGUAUCGGACCAGUUAGGAGAGACGGGUAUCCCUUAAUAACAUCUAUUGCGAUUUCACGCGUUUUUAGAGGAUCCAGGAGUUGACGACCCAGUGGGAGAGGUGUCAGUGCAAGUGGACCUCUUCACCCACCCUGGGACAGGAGAUCACAAGGUUACUGUCAAAGGUACUGAGAAAUAAGGAAAUACUAAACCUCAAUAUGUUACUCCUUUUACUGAUGACUUUAUCUUGUGAUAGAAAGUGUUAAAUUUGUUCGUGUGUUGUUGUAUUGCAGUUGUCGCUGCCAAAGACCUCAGGUGGCAGUCACCUGGUUAGUAACUUUCUGUUUUAACUGCGGAUAGUUUUUUAAAGUUACUUUACAUUUACCAUGUCACACAAAUGGAAAGGAAAUUUCGAGGUAAAUGUUGUUCCUGUUUUGUUUUCAGGAAUGUUCCGUCCGUUUGUGGAAGUGAACAUUGUUGGUCCCAGUCUUAAUGGAAAGAAACGGAAGAAUUCCACCAGGUCGAAAAACAACAACUGGUCUCCGUUAUACAACGAAACAUUUUUCUUGUAAGUUGGAAGGAGAAAGUCUGAGUGCGGGAAGUUUUUAACGUAGGAACCAGGGCAGUUUUCACCGGGGAUGUCAAUUGUGUUGGUUGUGCUUUACUUAGCUCUCUGAUUAGUCGAGAAAAAUUCCCUCCACCCUCCAUAGCAUUUAGAUUCGAAACUCAAACCAAUGUCGUCUUGAUCUCUCCCAUCUUCCCGCGCUUUACGCAGUCAACCCUUUUUCUUUGAAUUCUCAUUGGCUCCUAACAUUUCCCUCUGAUCUGAUUGGCCGGUUUGUUUCCUUUGAUAUUGAUUUCACGCCACUCAAUCGAAAAGCCCUUUAUGUGCUUAGCUAACCACCUGUUUGCAUUUGUUUCCAGUCACUUAGGCAAUGAAGAUGAGUUGGAUUCGUAUGAGCUUCAGAUAUGUGUCAAGGACUACUGCUUUGCUCGGACAGACAAUCUUGUAGGUAUGACAGUGCUCCACUUGAGGAACAUUGCUGAAAUGGGAUCAUGUGCUUGCACCCCGGCCCUCGGACGCUAUGUCCAGAUGGAUCCCAAAGGUUGGACCAUUUUAAAGAUUCUGUCACAAAGAAUGAACGAUGAAGUCGCCCGUGAAUUUGUGUUGCUUAAAAAUAACAGAAGAUCAGAGGGUUUUGAUUAAUUGCCAGGAAUUUAUCGCUAAAUUAUAAGAUUACUUAUGCUCGUAUUUAUUUAUCAUAGUUUUGCCGUAAAACGAUGUAGACAAAAUUGAAGCCCAAUGUUAUGAAUUAUACUGUAAGUUUCAGUUAUGUCUGAUAUUCGGAUGAAUAGAGAAAUUUUGGAACUUACUUAAUAAAUAUAUGCUGGCCAUAAGAAUUUUUUGUACAAUUUAAUAUAUAACAUAACCGAUAAAAUAGGACAAAAAUAAACAGUAAAUUGAUUCCUAUUAUUGAAUUCAUUGUUUCAUUCAUUUAAAAGUCAUGAUUUGUCUGAUUGGAUUGCUCCUGUGUGGACGUUAUUUCUGGAAAGCAUGGAAGUUAUGUAAAUAUUUGCGUAGUGCUACCUUAUGAUAAACAUGCUAAGGGAAUUUUUGGCGGAUCUUCAAAUAUUUGAUGGCAAAGUAAUGUCGUAAACUUCCAGUAUUGACAUUGGUUAGGUGGAAUGUUUUAAAUUGUAACUAGAAUGUAGUUGAGAUUUAGAGAAUUAUCCUAACAUUUCCUCUUAUGUGUAAAGUAUCCUUCAUAUUAAGAUAGUUCUGCAGUACUUAAAGCUGAUUGUAUAAAUUUGGAAAAAGUAUGCACAAAGUUACGAAAAUGACUGUCGAUAGUAAUCUGGGAUAGCGUUGGUUUUGUUUCAUUACGGUCUCUGAUUAGUCGAGAAAUUUCACUAGACCCUCUCAGUCAAUAAUACGUUAAAAUAAUGGUCAAUCAGGAGUUGGUUACUUUCGCUUUUUGAUGGGUGGAGGUUGUGGUAGGGUAGGUGUGAAAUCACGCGAGGGAAUGUUUCCUCUCUCGCAGAUGCUCGCACAAGUUGCGCUUUGGUUUCACACCCCAAAAGUGUUCUCCAUCGUCAAGUUCUGAUUUACAAGAAAUUUUGUUAACGAACUGCAGGUUGGCAAUUUACUGUGUAAGAAACGUCGCCCAUGAAAAUGAUAUAACUAAAUUCAGGAAAAAUGAAUCUUGAAAGUGGUUUUCAUUGUCACUCACGCAACCACGCCUUUUGGACGUAUGGCGUGUUUGCACCGCUGCGAUCAAAUUUUCGACUGUACCGGCUAAACUCCGUCCACGAUUUCUGAGUUCGAAUUUUCUUAACAGCCUGUGUACAGCCACCCCCUACCCUCUAAAAGAUAAUCGGAGUUUUAAUCUUCUUUUGGAAGGUAGGGGGCGUUUUUGUACAUACUAAUUUUGAGUGGCUAGGCGUAAAAAUUUACGAACGGUUAGCAAAGUACCGCAUGAGCAGAAUAUCCAAACGCACGAACUUUGAACCAGAAGGAAAUUAAUAUAGUGUUGUUGUAACUCAGCUUAAAGCAUUUCCUGGUGCACUUAUAGAAGUACAUCAGUUUAAAGACAUUAAGGGACAUAUAUAUCGUAGUUAGUACCGUAAGGCUUAGACACAGGAUAAAAUAAUGAUUGUCCAAUGAAGUGGACAUUUACUAUCUAGAAAAAUUAUGAUGCUCCAACUUUGUGUUUUAAAAUUCAUUAAUUUUCGAUAUACGUAACUUCUGUGAGUUAAUUAUUUCGGGUUGGAUAAGUUUUCGAGUUGUACAGAAGGGCGUUAUUUUUGACAAUGGAGAAUUGAAUAAAAGAAAGUUGCCGU